GACGAAGUGAAGAAGUGGCGAGAGCGUUGCCACGACGUAUUGCUGCGCGCGAUGAAAAACCUCUUCUUCCGACUCCCAAUCUCGCUGCUGUUGGCCGUCACAGACCAGAACGGUUCUCCAUUUUCCACCUCUCCGCCGUCACCACCACUUUCCGGCGAAAGGAAAAGAAAUUCAUUCGUGAUCGAAUCCAUCAACGAUGGAUCAUUACAAGGUUCUAGGUUUGCACAGAACCGCAACCAAGGAGGAAAUCAAAGCGGCGUUCAAGAAACUGGCGUUUCAAUUCCACCCCGACAAGCAUUCCCAAUCGCCCAAGCCUGUCAGGGACAGUGCCACCCUUCGAUUCAAGCAGGUCUCUGAGGCUUACGAUGUCCUCAUGGACGAUCGCAAGCGCGCCGACUACAACUCGCGGUGGCGCUCCGCCGCCGGCAGCAGCAGCAGCAACCAUUAUUAUUCUCAGUAUAGCUACGGACACGCUAGGAACGAGACCAACUACGAUUAUUAUAAACCAAGGUCCGGGUUCAAUGCUGGUGGCUUCGCAUCCAAGUUUGAACUCGCUAUCCGGAUUUUGACGGCGCGAUCUUCUCUUCUCAGUCUUGGCUUCGCAGCAUUUUCAUCCAGAGCUAUAUUAGGUGGGAUAGUUGUCAUUGAUACAAGUGGAGACUCUUUAUGGAAGAUGCAAAAUUCUGGGAAAUCGUUUGAAGAAGCAAUGGAGUCAAUUGAGAAAGCCAAAGCAUAUAGAGAAGAUAACAUGAACGAACGUCCUUGAUUGAGUUCUUUUGUUCUCAUAUCACAUGCUAUUUGAAGCUUCUUCACGUUUCAUAAAAUAAUGAAUAAUGGAAGCUUUCAUUUUUGGAGAUUGGUUGUAAAUAUAGUAUUCAUAAGUGCGAUUACUCUUCUGUAUGAUCCUUUUUGGUGUCUUUUGUAAGCCGUAACUACCUUUCUUAUUUAAUGGUCUAUCUCCUUCACUAA